AUGAAGAACACUUUCACAAUCCUUGCCGCUCUGGCAACUACUGCCACCGCAACUGGCUUCAGGAAUGCCAACCCCUUUACUUCCCCGGGUAACAUGGACAACCGCUGCACCGACAAGCAGACCCCUGGCUUCGACUUCACUGGCGCUCCGGAUGGCCCCUUUGAUUCCUUUGGCGGCUUUAAGUUCAACGGCUUCACCUGCAAGAGUGGUGGCCGUGGCAAGCGCUUUGAUGCGCGCACUGUUGGCAAGUCCAUCGGCGGCACCUGCCACUCUCAGAAGGAGCAGUCGCCGUCUUUCGGCUGUGGCGCCGGCGGCCCGGACAAGUUUUCUCUCGGCUCCAUCCACGUCAAGCCCGAGUUCGACUGCGACCUGGAGUUCCACUAUGACAUGCCUGAUGGCUCGUCGUGCAAGCACCGCUCUCCGUGCUCGAAGUCCGGUACUACCGUGAAGAACAACCAGUGCGGUGGCGCCAAGAACGUCACCAUCGUCUAUCCUACCCAGCCUUCCAAGCCGAAGCCAACCUGCAGCAUCGACAUCCACACCAUUUCCUUCUCUUGCGGCCCCCACCAGACAAAGCCUACUGCGACCGUCACCUACCCCGCCGGGACCCAGCCUGCUGAGACUCAACCCACCGAGACCCAGCCUGCUGAGACUCAACCCACCGAGACCCAGCCCGGUGAGACUCAACCCACCGAGACCCAGCCCGCGGAGACCCAGCCAGGCGAGACUCAGCCUGCGGAGACCCAGCCAGGCGAGACUCAGCCUGCGGAGACCCAGCCAGGUGAGACUCAGCCUGCUCAGACCUACCCGGCUACCCAGCCUGGUGAGACUGCGCCGCCGACUGAGACUCAGCCAGGCGAGACCCAGCCUACCGAGACCGCCCCCGCCGAGACUCAGCCUGGAGAGACUCAGCCUGGUGAGACCCAGCCUGGCGAGACUCAACCUGGUGAGACCCAGCCUGGCGAGACUCAGCCCGGUGAGACUCAGCCUGCCCAGACCUACAGCGCCGGCCAGCCUACCGAGACCGCCCCAGGCGAGACUCAGCCUGCCCAGACCUACAGUGCUGGCCAGCCUACCGAGACCGCCCCCGGAGAGACCCAGCCCGCUCAGACUUAUCCUACCCAGGUGCCCAACACCACCGGCCCAAGCGCCCCUGUCGAGACUCUCCCCUGCCCUGAUGUUGUCCCGGCCUGCCUGAACACCUUCCUGUUCAGCGUCAGCUGCUCCGACAACUCGGACACCGCCUGCUACUGCCCUGACACCAUCUUCGUCAAGAACAUCUUCGACUGCAUCUACGCCCACGGCCAGACCGCCGAGAUCGUCACCGAAGCCGUCAUCUUCUUCCAGGGCCUCUGCGCUCCUCACGCGCCCUCCAACCCGGCCAUCGCCACCGGCGCCACCGUCACGUCCUACGUGACCGUCACCGCCGCGCCCACGGUCGUCGGGCCCAUCUACACCACCGUCAGCAUCGUGACCACCACCGUCGCUCCCUGCACCGACGACGCGGGCUCCGUCAUCCCCAGCUCCAGCACCACCUACGUGAUCAGCACCGCCAUCACCGUCCCGCAGGUCGGCUUCACCACGGGCACCGGCAACGACGUCGGCGUCGUCCCCAUCACCGCCUACCCCACCGGCGUCCCGACCUACUCGGUCCCGGCCCAGGCAACCGCCUACACCACCGCGUCAGUGCCCGGCCCCGCCGGCACCGGCGCCUACACCCCGCGCCCCACCGAGUCGGGCUUCGUCCCCGUCAAUGCUGGCGGUCGCGUCUCCGCCGGCUUCGGUCUUGCCCUCGCGGCUAUGGGUCUUGCCGCUGUCCUCUAA